AUCACAACUCACAACACACCACAGAUCACAAGUAGUACUACAGGCUACGUACUGAGAGCGCUGCCUAUACGUCGCCAAUAGGCCAAGACAUCGAUACGACGAUAUGGCCGGAAGGAAGGUGAGCAGCAGCAGUGCCGUGGCCAUGGCCAUAAUGGCGGUCGCGCUGCUGGUCAUGGCGGCCGAGGCCGGGACGUGCAACGUCGACGCUGACGCGGUGGUGAACCAUUGCAAGUCCGCCUGCUCGAGCUGGUGGUGGGGCGGCGGGGCAAGGCCGUCUCAGGGCUGCUGCAACGCCCUGAGAUACGCCGACUUCGGCUGCGUCUGCCGCAACUACUGGGGAAUACUCAGGAGCACGCCCUACGCCGGCUGCGCCAUGGCCAUCCCUUCCAGGUGCAACAUCCGGGGCGCGCCCAGCUCGUGCUAGCUCGGAGCGAGGUGACCUAGCAUGCAUGCAUGCCAGCAGCUUCGGCUCCGACCCGCCGGUCACAAACUCACGAGGUCACGAUCGACAAAAUUUGGCUCCACUCAAUCCGUACCCCAACUGAUGGUUGUGUCAAUAAUUUGGAGACACGUUGUUUUUUCCACUCCUUCGCGUUAGUUUGUGUGAGUUAUUCGUUUCGAGUUCUUGUUCGUAUGGUUCGAGUCUACAUUUGUGUGAGAGUACAAUCUAUUUAAUCGCAUGGAUGUGCGUUGAAAUACAACACAGUUUCAAUCCUA